GCAUGCACAAAAGGGUGCGAAGAAGCGGUGGAAGUGACGCUUUUUCCCAUCGGCACAUUGGCAGCUGGAUGUUGGAGGUGGUUUGACAGCGCGACCCGCCUCAAGCGCGAUCAAUCAACGCCGAUAGCCGUUGGAACUGAGUUUGAGUGUUCUCGUUCCCUGGUGAUUUCGAAUCUUGCGGAAUGUGUCCUGGAAGGUAGGUGCAAUCUAAACCUCUGGUCUGGUGUUGGUUACGAUGAUUUUAACGAUUUUGAAGGUUAUCUGGCUUACUGUUUGUAUCUAAUUUCUACUGCUGUCCAUCUGCGCUGAAGCUUAAAAGAACAGCAGUUAGAAUUUUGAUAAAAUUAGUCAAAAACCAUUUAUUACAAAAGUUUUUUAGACUGAGAUCAGACGUACUGAAAAAAAAAAUCCGCUGCAACGAAAUAUUUGGUAGAUGAAAUGUAACGCCUCGUAACGCUUAUUUUUUCAGUCGUCCAUAGUAGUUCUACAGCGCGAAGGUUUUUGUUGUUGACAUUUAAAAGCGUAAUUUUUCCGUUAUCAUUUCUUUCUUUUCAAGCAUUAAAGUUUAGUUUUCAAAUAAUCGUACUUGCUGUUCUAGUUAUAGCGACAUAUAACACCAAAGCUCUACUGGUUGACUAUCCAGCAACAGAUAGAGCCCUAAAUGUUUUUUUGUUAUCUGAACAAUUUUCCAGUCGUUUACUGUCAGAUUAAACUAAGGUCUUUCAGCUCUCUGGUCGUUCUUAUGAUUCCCUUUAGACUGAGAAUUUGGGUGAUUAAAAUCUGGAGACGAUAGUUGUCCGAUCUCACUCACUGUAAUUUUGAAUCCGGCUCCGGAAGGUUCGUUCAUCAUUAUCUGGAGUCGUUCGGAAUCAUCCGGAGUUGUUCGGAGUUGUCCGGAGUUGCUCGGAGUCGUCCGGAGUCUUCCGGAGUCGACCGGAAUCGGUUGGGUUCGGAGUCGUCCGAAGUCGGAACUGACGGAACUAGUGGUAUGCAUUUUGCCGGAGUCGGAAUCGUACUAACAAUAGACGGACUUAGAUGGAAGUCGUGGGUGCGCUUCUGAAAGAACACCACUAGUGUUGACUGCGUUUAUGAGUCGUUUAGUGUGGCGCUUCGUAUCUGAUCAGUAGUCAACCAGACACGCGGGAAGACUUAUACCCCGUUCGGUUGGCUGUACUUAGACUGCGUGCUAUAUUGAAAGAAUGAUAAAAAUGAGUCAGCAUGAGUUUGGGUAGCAAAAUAUCGGCAGCAUUUUACUCUUUCAGGAUCUAUUAUGAGCUCCAAAAUCUGGUAUUAGGGUUAAGUCACACACAUACCUAAAUACAUUUCAUUUCCGCUAUAGAAAACAAAAAGAAAUGUAAAACAAACAAUUACGAUUUCACUACAUCUUGAUGGUUUGACCAAAAUAGGUCACCCGAAAACAAAACAAGAAGCGUUACCAGACGUUAUAUCUACAUCUGUCAAAAAUGCUGCUCACGGCUCGCCCUCAUCCAAACAAACCCCCUACCAGCUCAACCCAUUUUACCCCUGGUCCUAAUUUCUGUCUAAUCAACUGGGAACGCUCUCGAAACCGGGCCCGCCGCCAAGUGCCUUCAAGCCUCGGGCUAUCUCACCAGCGCUUUAGUUUUGUUUCGGCCCUCUCACACAAAAGCAAAGCAAAACAAAAAGUCAUCCCGCAUCCCCUCCCGUUAGCAAUAUAGUAAUUUUUUUUUUCUUCUAUAGCCCGCAACUAAGUAGUGGUGGGAGGUGAUCACACAAAACAACCACCAAAGGCACGACAAACACGGGCACCACUCCAGCGUGCCAGUUGUACCAGUGCCGCCGUACGGAGAUAAAGCAUUGCACCGAAUCCAACCUCCCCCCCUUACCUUCCUGGCGGGUACAUAAGCACCAGCGCAAUCUCAUCCCGAAUCUCACAGUUUUCCCACGUGUCGGACGUGUCUGAGACCCGCUGCUCAAGAUGAUUGCCGCCCGGGCACUGCACUACGUCUUCAAGAUUGGUAAUCGCGCGAAGAACAUCCAAUUCUUCCGGGAGAUACUGGGCAUGAAGGUACUCCGUCACGAGGAAUUUACGCAAGGUUGUGAUGCCGCCUGCAAUGGACCGUACGACAAUCGGUGGAGCAAAACGAUGAUCGGGUACGGGCCGGAAGCGUCCCACUUCGUGAUCGAGCUGACGUACAACUACGGCGUGCGGGAGUACGCACUGGGCAAUGAUUUCGCCGGGCUGACGAUUAAGUCGCGCGACAUCCUAGACCGUGCCCGGCGCCACGGCUACCCGGUCGCGGAGGAGGGCGCCCCGGGCGAACCGUCCGUGCUCCUGUCGCCCGACGGGUACCGGGUGCUGGUCGUGCCGGAGGAGGUGCCGGCCGGCGCCGACCCGGUACAGCGCGUCGCCCUGCACGUGACCGAGCUGGCCCGCUCCCGGGCGUACUGGGCCGACACGCUCGCGAUGGUACCGGUGGCGGGGACGACCGACCCAUCCCCCGAUCGGCUUGCGCUUUCGUACGACCAGGGCAAGUUUGUGCUGGAGCUGCGGCAGCUGGCCGCCGGCACGCCGCUCGACCGGGCCAAAGCGUACGGGCGCAUCGCGUUUGCGGUGCCGCACGCCACCCAGCCCCACAUCGACGAGCUGAUCCGGCAGGCGGGCGGCACCGUGCUGACGCCGCUCAUCUCGCUCGACACGCCCGGCAAGGCGACGGUGCGCGUGAUCAUACUGGCCGAUCCGGACGGGCACGAGAUUUGCUUCGUGGACGAGGAGGGCUUCGGCGCCCUGUCCGCCCUCGAUCCGGACAGCAAUGCCGCGCUGGACAAGUACAUCGCGAAGGAUCCGUUCCAGGAGCAGUGAGCCCGCACAUUCCGCAUGGUUAUGGCAUUGUUGCGCUAAGAAUGGGAGAACAUUUUAUAAAGAGAGGGAAAAAAAAGGAAUUAUUAAUUUGUAUUGCAGAGCGAGACAGAACACAAAGCAAGACACAAACGCGCACUGGUGAAGGGGAUGGACGCGGAGCGUAGAAACUGUGUACUUAGUGGACAAUAAAUGAAUCAUCACCCUUUACACACCGA